AUGAUUUUUCGUGGGGUCCUCACCGUACUUUCUCUCGCCAUACUCAAUGCUUCCAGUGGUUACUGCUCCCCUUCGACUAAUUUUGUCAACGACGGUGACCUGCCUACCAUCCGACUAGACAAUGGCACUUUCAUAGGGAAUCAAACCGGGAAUGUCACACAGUUCCUCGGUAUCCCCUACGCUCUUCCGCCAACCAGCGACCUACGCCUCCGUCUUCCCGUCGCUAAUCUCCCCUACAACGGCACCUACAACGCUUCGACCUUUGGACCUUCCUGUCCCCAGCAAUCUCCCAUAUUUGAUCCCUCGGUGAUUUCGACGAUUGCUCCGGUUGUUGCGUCCUUGGGGGACCUCUUCGCUUCUGCUACAAAUUCCCAGAGCGAGGACUGUUUGACUGUAGACGUCAUCGUACCCAACAAUGUUAGUGCAGAUGCCAGACUGCCUGUUAUCGUGUGGAUCUAUGGAGGUGGAUUCGAAGAUGGAGAGAUGACGUCAUAUCCUGGCGAAGUUGUCGUCCAGGGUUCUGUUGAGUUGAACUCACCGGUCGUAUACGUUGCGAUGAACUAUCGCUUAUCUGCAUUUGGAUUUUUACCCGGCAAAGAGGUCAAAGAAGCGGGAGUCGGAAAUCUCGGAAUGCAAGAUCAGAGGCUCGCUCUGCGAUGGGUUCAGAAGUACAUUAAGGCUUUUGGCGGCGAUCCGGACAGGGUCAUAAUCUGGGGCGAAAGUGCUGGUGCGAUAUCAACCGCACUGCACCUGGUUACGAAUGGUGGUAACGCAGAAGGAUUGUUCCACGGUGCUUUCAUGCAGUCAGGAUCGCCUCUCCCUGUAGGCGACAUCACAGAUGCGACCCAUCAAGCAGUCUACGACUUUGUCGUUGAUCGAGCUGGCUGCUCGAACGCGACCGACACACUGCAGUGCCUUCGUGAGGUACCCUUCAGUGUGUUCAAUGACGCGUCCAACCAAACGUAUUCCUUAUUCGCCUUCCAAUCAUUGAAUGAGGCAUAUGUGCCUCGCACCGACGGUGUUUUUUUGACAGAUUAUUCUCAGCAAUUGGUGCUCAAAGGCGAGGUUGCCAAUGUUCCAUUCGUCACCGGUGACUGCGAUGAUGAAGGCACAUUAUUCUCUCUCGCUAAUGCUAAUCUGACGACGGAUGAUGAAACCGAGAAUUAUAUUGCGUCGAACUACUUCCCUAACGCCUCCACGCAGGACCUCGAACCCAUAUUCGCAGCAUAUCCCUCCGAGCUUAGUGCAGGCUCGCCCUUCGACACUGGUUCUGCCAACAACCUUACUGGACAAUACAAGCGACUCGCGGCUUUCCAGGGAGAUCUUGUCUUCCAGGCUCCACGUCGAUUCUUCCUUCAGCAGAGGUCUGCGAGCCAAAGCACCUGGUCUUACUUAUGGAAACGUGGAAAAUCUACCGCCUUUGUUGGCUCGUACCACGGCAGCGACAUCCAAAACGUCUAUAGCACCGAUCCGGGUGAGCUCCUCGACGCCGUCAUCAACUUUGCUAACAAUCUCGACCCAAACGGACCCACUCUCGGCACCGACUGGCCUAAGUACACGACCGAAGCACCGACGCUGUUCACGCUCCUGGAUGGUGAUAUGCCUGUUACACUUACGAACGAUACGUACCGUGAGGAUGCGAUCAACGCGGUGAUAAAUACCUCGUUGGCGCACCCUGUUUAGUCUUGAGGGAAGGGAAGCGGAGAGGACAAUGAUGGAGCGGUCUGA